ACCUGGCAGAAGUGCUGUCUGUGUCAUGUUUAUCAGAUAUCAUAUGUUUCUUGAAAUUGCAGUUUACUUGUCUAAGAGUUUCAGUAUUUUUAAUGAACUAAUGGAGGUGAAUUUAGUCAUGUCAUGCAAACAUCUAUUGUUUUUGUUGCUUCUGAGCUGCAUGAUUAUUUAUCACCAUUGUUCAUGUUGUAAUUAGUGAAAAACUUACUAAGUAUUUUUCUAUAAUUAUUUAGGUAUGAGGUGCCUAACUUAGGGGUGCCUAACAUAGGAGGUGCCUAACUUAGAGGUGCCUAACUUAAGGAGGUGCCUAACUUUUACUCCUAUAAAUACAUUAGUAUGUUGUAAUAAUAUGUAUUGAAAUAAAUAUAGUUCUACAUGUUUGUCAAGAUGGUAUCAGAGCUCCCGAUCUUGGGAGCUCUGUUUCCGCUGCACUGAUAAGCUACCAGCCACCAGCCACCAGCCACCAGCAACCGCAGCUAUCCAGCCAGCCACUACAACUGUAGCAGAAACUAUUGGAAUCACUGAUAGGACAGAAAGGGACGCCUAUCUGCAGCAAACACAACAUUGCAAAUCGCUCCGGAGAAGACGUUGCCACGCGCCGCCACGCGCCGCCACACACAACCAGACUUGCCGGCGCGUGUAGCCCACGCGCCUAGUUCCGGCGAGACCCACUCGCCGCCGACGUCACAGAAGGAGUCGCCGAAGCCUCCUCAUUCCGUUACAAGGGCCGGUUACAACCCAUUUUGGCUCAGAUCGGAGUAAAUUUGAGUUUUGAAGUACUGCUCCAUAUUAUUCUGUGUAGCCCACACUGUUUUCCACUGCCCAGGCACUGUUUUCCGCUGUCCGGCGCCGUUUGCCGCUGUCCGACGCCUUGUGCCGCUGUCCGGCACCGUUUGUCGCUGUCCAGGCGCCGUUUGUCGCUGUCCAGGCGCCGUUUGUCGCUGUCCGGGCGCCGUUUGCUGCUGUCUGGCGCCGUUUGCCGCUGUCCGGCACCGUUUUCCACUGUUUCGUCGGCAGAUAGGGUCCCCAGAUUGCAUUCCCAAGGAUGUCUGAGAUGGGACUGGGUAAGACUUUGCAAGCUAUCUCCUUUUUAAGCUAUUUAAAAGUGUGCCAGUUGUCUGAUGGGCCAUUUUUGGUUAUAUGUCCUCUAAGUGUGACUGAGGGUUGGGUCUUAGAGAUAGUUAAAUUUACCCCCAAACUAACAGUGUUCAAAUAUGUUGGUGAUAAAGAAAAUAGGCGCAAUCUACGCAUGAAAAUACAUGAACAUGUAGCAAGACAGUCAUCAACAAUGAAUCAGGUCUUGUUGCCUUUUGAUGUGCUAUUAACUUCAUAUGACAUUGCACUGGUGGAUCAGGAUUUUCUUUCUCAAAUACCAUGGCAGUAUGCAAUCAUUGAUGAAGCUCAAAGACUUAAAAAUCCGUCUAGUGUUUUAUUUAAUGUUCUCAAAGAUCGCUACAUAAUGCCAAGACGAUUGCUGAUGACUGGCACACCUAUUCAAAAUAAUCUUUCUGAACUGUGGGCAUUGAUGUAUUUUUGCAUGCCUUCUGUCUUUGGUGGUACACUGGAUCAGUUCCUUUCUACGUUUAAGGACAUCAGUGAUCUUUCAUCAGUUCAUGAUGCUCCAAAGGUAAAGGAGAGGCUUAAUAUUUUAAGAAGUGUAUUGGGAGCCUUUAUGCUUCGACGUACCAAGUCAAAGCUUAUCGAGUGUGGAAAUUUAGUUCUACCACCUCUUACUGAGACAACCGUGUUAGUUCCCCUUGUCAUCUUGCAGAAAAAGGUCUAUAUGUCAAUAUUGAGGAAAGAACUCCAUAAGCUACUUGCACUAUCAUCUGGAACUUCAAAUCACCAGUCACUACAAAAUAUUGUGAUACAGCUAAGAAAAGCAUGCAGCCAUCCUUAUCUCUUUCCAGGUAUUGAGCCUGAACCUUAUGAAGAAGGUGAACAUCUAGUUCAGGCCAGUGGUAAACUACUUAUUCUGGACCAACUUCUUCAGAAGUUACAUUAUUCUGGACACCGUGUUCUUCUUUUUGCUCAGAUGACCCAUACACUUGACAUUUUGCAAGAUUUUCUGGAGUUGCGAAAGUAUUCUUAUGAGCGUCUUGAUGGAUCAAUUAGGGCUGAGGAGCGCUUUGCUGCUAUAAGAAGUUUCAGUAGCUCAUCAACUACUUCAGGCUUGACUUCUGAAGCUGAACAAAAUGGAGCGUUUGUGUUUAUGAUCUCAACACGAGCAGGGGGAGUUGGUUUGAAUCUUGUGGCUGCUGAUACUGUUAUAUUCUAUGAGCAAGAUUGGAAUCCUCAGGUGGACAAGCAAGCUUUACAGAGAGCACAUAGAAUUGGCCAGAUGAACCAUGUGUUGUGUAUAAACCUUGUUACAGAGAAGACAGUGGAGGAAGUAAUUAUGAGGAGGGCAGAAAGAAAAUUGCUUCUGAGCAUCAAUGUUACUGGUGAUAACAUUCUCAACCAUGAUGAUGAAGAAACAUCUGAAGUUGGAACUGGAGAUUUGAAAUCCAUCAUAUUUGGUUUACAUAUGUUAGAUCCCACUGAGAUUACUGACGGAAAUCAUAGGGAUAUCAACUUAUCAGAAAUUAGUGUUAUGGCUGACAAGGUGCUUGCCUUGCGUGACAAACAAAUACGCGAUAUGGAUGAUAGGAAAUUUGAGGUCAGUCCAAGAAACAUUUUACAAGGUGAUGAUGUUAAGGAAGGAGGUACUACUUUUUCUCACGAUCUUGGUCUUGACGAGGCUUCAUAUCUUUCUUGGGUUAACAAGUUUGAGGAAGUGUCUAAGUCAAGUUGCAACUCAAUGAUGGACUGGAGGAGCAAAAGAAACUCAGAAGAGGAAAAGAAUCUAAAACUUGAGUCUGCAAUGAAGAAGGCAGAGGAAAAGAAGCUAUCCAGGUGGAAAGCUCUUGGAUAUCAAUCAUUGAAUGUAAAAUAUCCUCUCACCCAAACAGACAAUGACAUUACAUCAGCUACUGGGUCCGUUCAUUUUGUGUAUGGAGAUUGUACAGCUCCAUCAAAUGUUUGUUCAUCUGAACCAGCUAUGAUUUUCAGCUGUGUUGACACGUCUGGACAUUGGGGCCACGGUGGAAUGUUUGAUGCACUGUCCAAACUUUCUACAAGCAUUGGUGAUGCAUAUGAACGGGCUUCUGAGCAUGGGGAUCUGCAUCUUGGUGAUCUGCAUCUUAUAAGGCUUGAUGAUGGUUGUCAAGAACAAGAUAUGACUGGAAAUACUCCCAAGAUGGUUGCGUUGGCUGUGGUUCAAUCAUAUAAUCCAAGGCGCAAAAUUCCACGCAGUGAAAUCUCACUUCCCCAUUUGGAAAGCUGCUUAUCUAAGGCAGCAUUCUCAGCUGCUCAGAAUUCUGCAUCAAUGCACAUGCCACGAAUUGGUUAUCAAGAUGGAUCUGAUCGUUCUGAGUGGUACACCAUAGAACGACUCCUCAGAAAAUAUGCUUCCAUUUACAACAUCAAUAUAUAUGUAUAUUAUUAUCGAAGAUCAAGUUAAGGUUCUUUCUCACUUCCUAAACUCAAUAUAGUUUCUCACGAGAAGACCGUUGAAGACGUGUUGUUGUAGUAAGGUGUUGUAUGCUCACAUGUGUAUGAUAAAGACAAUUUAGGCAGUUGAAAUGAGUUUAAAUUCUUCCAAAUCAAAUAUGCAAGCAAUUUAGACUAUUACUUCUUCUAGACUCAAAUGUAAGCAAAACAUAUAUGUACUGUGGAUUUAAAUGUAUAUAGAUUUCAAUUUCCUAAA